AUGACAAAAAUUGUUCCUUUCAAAGAUACUCGAACAGAAGAAGAGAAAUAUUCCUACAGGAAGAUGAUAGCCCAAAACAUGAAAGAUAAAAUCUAUCGAACAUGGAAAGAGGCAAAGAGCGCAAAAAGAUGGGAUGCGAAUCGGGAAUGUUACUUGGAUCCAAAAGGAAACAUCGUUGUUGAACCUUCAUCAGUCACUGUUGAAACACUCAUUGAGCAAUUAGCAGAAGAGGAAGAAGAAAGACAGAGACUGUGGUGGGGAACAAAAGAUGAAGAAAAAGAAAAGGAGAAAGAUUUGCAGUUGAAAAAGGUCAAUGAUGGGAUAAUCGACACGACUAAAGAAUUCACAGCAGAUAACCUAAAGAACAUGGCUGAUAAAGUUCUUGCAGCAAAAGAGUUAGAGGUAGACUCUAAGUCUAGUUCUGAGUCACAGAGCAAGGUCAGUUCAAAUGAUUUAAUAAAUGGAUCAGGUAAGACUGAAAAGGCCAAAAGAGAUAGUGACUACAAAAAUUGCAUGAAAAAUUGCAAGGUUUGUAGUACACAUGCUUACCUCAGCGGUAAAAGGACUGAAGAACUGACAGAAAGAGUCAGACAAGUUGAAAAUCAAAUCUUGAGUCGUGACAAAUUGUUAGAAGCUUCAAAUGAGAGAAUCAAAGAAUUAACUGAUAAACUUGAAAAAGAUAAAAUUGAAGUAGAAAAACUUAGGAAGGAAAAUGAAAAGUUAAUUCAUGAAAAUCGUCAACUUUUUGAAAAUCAUGAGAAGCUAAAGAAAACAAUAAAAGAUUCUGAUGAAAGAAACAGUAAAACGAGCAAAGAAAAUCAACAACUGUCAGGAGUACUUCAGUCGAAAGAAAAACAAAUCAAUCAACAGUUGGAUGAGAUUGCUAAUCUGAAGCUUCAUUACAACUCCGCAAGUUUUGUUCUCCAACAUAUUGUCCCCAAACCUAUUGGGAAGAACAAAGUUGGUGAAGAUGUAUACUCAGAUGGAACUAGGGUUGGGUAUCAUCAGGUUCCACCGCCAGUAUUGAAUAAUUUUUCAAAGAAAAAAUCUGGGUUAGUUAACGAAGAUGAAACACAUGAGGUUAAACUUCCAGAAACAAUCGAUGUCACAUUCACUUCAUCGUCCGAUAAAGACAGUGGAUCGGAUAAGUUGUAUUCGGAUCUUGAAUUUCCUUUGGAAAAUGUGAAUGUUGACAAAUUGGAGCUUCCAAGAUCCAUCUCGCGUUGGGUAAUGGAUAGUGGAGCUUCUCGGCACAUGACAGGGAAGAAAACCCUAUUGUACGAUGUUAGAGGGUUUAAUGGAGGAUAUGUGGGAUUUGCAGGCAAUCAAGGUGGUCGUAUAGUUGGUGAGGGAACUCUAUCUAAUGGUAUUGUCACGUUUGAAAGAGUGAACUACAUCGCCGAGCUGGAAAACAAUCUUCUGAGUUUUUCUCAGAUCUGUGAUCGCAUAAGCAGUGUCAGCAGCUUGUUAUACACUCAACCGGGUUCUUACAGUAAAGAAGUUCAACAAGACGUGUUUCGAGUUAAUCAAAAACCACAAACCUAA